CUCAGUUCAGUUCACAGUCGCUGCUUUUACCGUCCAGUUAUCAGGUUUCACACUCAAAAUGCUACUACGGGUGACCCAGUUUCUUUGCCUUGGGGCUCUUUUAUUGCUGAGUGUUAUGCUCACGCAGGCAGUGGCCACACCCAAUAAUAAUAACAACAAUGUCAAACCGAAGCCCGUGGUCCAGGUGCCGCCAGGAAGUCCCACAGGAAGUCCCACAGGAAAUAAGCCCGCAGUGGCCACAACCACAACUAAACCACAGAGAUCAGUACCAGAUCCCAAAUGUCUGCAGCCCUUGGAAGUGGGUCCCUGCCGGAUGAAUUUAGAGAGGUACUACUACAACAAGGAGAAAAAAGCGUGUGAAACCUUUAAGUAUGGCGGAUGUCGGGGAAACGAUAAUCGCUGGGGAUUCAGGCAAACCUGCGAGGAGGCCUGCCUACCGAAAAAAUGAUCAAGUAAUGACCAACAUGGCAGCAAAGACUGCUUGGAAAUAUUACAAAGUUAUACGAAAUUAUUUUUUAUUAAUGUCCACAGGAAUAUUCUUUCAUACAAAUUUAAGCAUUUCAAAUGUAUUUCAGUUUACAUAAAUAUCAUCAAAACAACCGCAAAAUAAAGAAAUUCAAUUUUUUUAAAUGUCAAA